CUUUUAUACUGUUUUUAAAGUGCAGAUUAAUGAGGAGUUUCUGUUUUUAAAGUGCAAUUUAAAGACAGUUUUUAUGUGAAGGCUAGUGUUAGAGAGGGUGAGCAAACAAAAUGGAUUGGGAGGAAAGGUUACCCAACACAAAACGUACUAGCAGUUUGUGACUUCAACAUGUGUUUCACAUAUGUAUUGGCGGGAUGGGAAGGAUCUGCUCAUGAUACAAGAAUAUUUACCGAUACGAUACUGAGGCAAGACGGAAACUUCCCACAUCCUAGUGGAGUUGAUGCAGGGUAUCCAAAUAGUAGGGGCUAUCUUGCACCCUAUAAGGGAACACAUAUAAGGUAUCACUUUCAGGAUUUUCGAAAAGGCAAAACAAGGGGAGCAUGUACUCCAAAGGGGACAGAAGAGAGAUUCAACUACAUACACUCAUCUUUGCACAACGUAAUUGAGAGGACUUUUGGUGUUUGGAAAGCAAGAUGGUCUAUACUCAAAGACAUGCAUGUCAACCACACUAUUGCCACUCAAACUGACAUCAUUGUUACAUCCAUGGCGCUACACAACUACAUUAGAAUGAAGCAUUCUCAAGAUGACGCAUUCCUAGUGGCUCAAAAUGAAGCAUAUGACCCGCAUGAAGAAGUUGAUUCUCAAGAUGUUCCAUUCACACAAGGAGAGGGAUCAUCAAGUCAAAGAAGUGAAGAUGUAGUGCACAUGAAUGCUAUCAGAAACAUAAUAGCAAAUGUGAUAAAUGCUAACUUUCGUUAACUUUAAUUUUGGUAAAAUACACUUUAAAACUUUCAUGCAUUUACAUUUAUUUUUUCCCGAAUGCAUGUGUAGUUUAUAUUUUUU